AUGUCGUCGAUCCGCCGCGCCGCACCAAUGGUGUUUACGCCAACGGGCCGGCACACGGCGACCGUCAUCUUCAUCCACGGCCUGGGCGACUCGGGCCACGGCUGGGCCGACGCGGUGCAGCAAUGGCAGGGCCGGAACAAGCUCAACGAGGUCAAGUUUAUCCUGCCUCAUGCGCCCGCGAUUCCCAUCACCAUGAACGCAGGCUUUCAGAUGCCUGGCUGGUUUGACAUUAAAUCCAUCGACGCCCUCUCGCACGCCGCCGGCACCGCUCCCGACGAGGACGAGGCGGGCAUCGAGCUGUCGCGCGCCUACAUUUACUCGCUCGUGCAGGCCGAGGUCGCCGCGGGCAUCUCGUCGGAGCGCAUUGUCCUCGGCGGCUUCUCGCAGGGCGGCGCCAUGAGCAUCUUUUCCGGUCUCACGGCGCCCUUUAAGCUCGGCGGCAUCGUCGGCCUCUCGUCGUGGCUGCUGCUCAACCGCACCUUCAAGGACCGCGUGCCCGCCGAGGGGCUCAACCGGGACACACCCAUCUUCAUGGGCCACGGCGACCGCGACCCGCUGGUGCUGUACCCGCUGGCGCAGGCGUCGGAGAAGAAGCUGACGGAGCUGGGCUACAAGGUGACGUUCAAGACAUAUCCCGGCAUGCAGCAUUCAGCUUGCAAUGAGGAGCUCAAUGAUGUCGAGGCCUUCUUGCAGUCUCGUCUUCCAUCCCUGAAUAAGUAA